AUGGACGACAUUUUAGAAAAGCCAAAUUCAGAAUUACGGCCCUCCAACGUUAAUUCUCCGGAAGAUGCAGGACAGUCGUCCGAUGAAGAUGACGGCGGCCCGGAUUGGACAAAAGUGUCGGGUCUCGCCUCUUUAAGCUCGAGCAAGCCAUCUAUCCCCAAACGCGGCGAUAAAGAGUUCGAGCCUGCUGGUGGUGUGGAUGGAGGUGGAACUGGUACAAGUCUACAGCAGCAUAAACUCGACCGUGUACGCGCAGCGAUGUUCAGCGCGCUCGAUGUAGAACGGACUAUAUCUAGUAAGACAGUCAGCUACUCAGAGUGGUGUCGCAAUAUCUCUCGUGCGCGUAUUCUCAGUGGACGAGGAAACUACCUCAACACCUUGGGACACAAUGUACCGCGCGAGUAUCGAUCUGGUUUCGAUGACCAAAGUUCACAGAACCGGAAAAAGGAGAAGGAGGUGGUGCUACUACCGGAGGAGGCUUUGUACCUCAUCGAGCGAGGUAGCAUGUUCUGCUGGUCUCAGAUUGACGACACUAUAGAGGAUGAGGGCACCCCCAUGAGUCUCCAGCAGGCGUACGCAGAAAUGAUCGGAAAGGAGGAUUUGACAUUGGAGCGCUAUCAAGUAUAUGCGUACCUGAAACGUCUUGGAUAUACGGUCAUUCGCGCACAAGCACCGAGUCGCUUUUAUGUUACUGCUCCACCGUUUUCACCUCGAUCCAUACCUCUAAAACGGUCUGGGAAAUGGUCUCGUGUCUUGGAUAUCUUCCUAUUACCAUUCAAGAAAAUGUUUAGUCUUUUUGCAUCUAAGUUUGACUGGUGGAGACCGCUGAGGACUGAUCGUUGUUUCCACCGUUUCUUAUCCUUCUCAUCUGUUUUCUCGUCAUUACGAUUCCUCAAAUCCGGAUAUUCACAUCCGCUUCCGCCUUUAAAAAACGCGAAUUCACCAUACGAGGUCUUUUUUCAUGUGUACAAACCCGCAACGCCAUAUCGCAAGACGGCACCCCCUCCACCUGACUAUUCUGUCAUUGUGGUCAAUGGACGAGAGACACCAAUGCCUUCACUUCAUGAGCUAUGUUCUCUUUUCGAACAACUGCCUGAGCUUCCACCACCAGUUCCUCGGAAGAAGUUCAAUGCGACCCAGCAGAAUAGUUCAUCUUCGAAAAAUGGUGAAAGACCCCAAGGUCAGACUGCGGUACAAGCGUCGCAUCCACGCUCGUUAUUCAAACAAAUAAGGAACUUCUUACAACGCCUUUUCCCAUUCUUUACUGUGGUUGGAGGAACUAAAUCAUUGCCAGUUCCUGUUCGUAAUCCAAACCCAUUCCAAACGUUGAGGAUGGGGAAAAAGAUGAUCGUAGUUGCAUCUGUUGAUUCGGGCAUGAUUAGUUUCUUCCGCUUCUGUCAGGGCUCGUUCGAUGAAUGGCCUAUGAUUUAAC